GUUCAAGGGAUGAACUGUUGGUUAAGUACGUGUACAGACCAACUUCAAGAGCAAUGAUGCCUUUCAUUGAUGCCGCUCACCCGCUCCGAUCCUUGGGCUGCAUAUUUGUCUUUUGGAAGCUGUUCCUGUUUUCCAUUGCACUUGGCAGCGCUGUGGGCCCAGCAUACGACACCUCCAGUACUCUGCUGCUGUCCCCUGACCGGAGUACAUAUCAUGAAUCCAUAUUUGACCUGGCCACGAGGCUGACGAGAUGGGAUGCCAUCUAUUUCGUCCAGGCGUCUCGGCGCGGCUAUCUGUUCGAGCAAGAAUGGGCUUUCGCAAGCGGGCUGCCCACGGUUGUCUCUUUUCUGGCAAAUGUUCUUCUAAGUCUCGGUGUCGAACACAAUGAGACACUCGAGUCUAGCAUAGCCAUCUUUGUGGCCAAUAUGUCACAUCUUCUGUCGGCUUUGGUACUCUACGAACUCGGUCUAACUGUUUGGAAAAACUCGCGGGUCUCUUUCGUUGCCGCUGUGCUUCAUAUACUCUCACCCGGAGGCCUGUUUCUCUCAGCGCCUUACUCGGAGAGCCCCUAUGCUCUCCUCUCCUUUCUGGGCUAUCUUUUCUUCGCGAAAGCAACCCUAAGCGAGAAGCGCACUGUUGCUCACGAUGCAAGCUUGGUGGCUGCAGGUCUAUGGUUCGGGUUCGCCGUCAAUUUCCGUAGUAACGGAAUAUUCAACGGCAUUUUGUUUGCAAUUGAACUGUUACGUGAAUUGUCACAGCCGCCUACCACUAACAGCGUCAGAAGGAGAUUAGCUUUGAUUGCUGGUGGCUCUGCUCUUGCCAUUGGGUUCGUGGCGCCACAGAUUGUUGCAUAUCAAACCUACUGUUACGAUGUACUCGAUUCGGAAAUCAGACCGUGGUGUACCAAACGCCUUCCCAGUAUCUACACUUUUGUCCAAGAGCACUACUGGAACGUUGGGUUUCUACGAUAUUGGACACCUGGAAAUAUACCCCUUUUCCUCCUAGCCGCCCCCAUGUUGUAUCUUUUAGCAAAAUCAGGAACUGCCUUCCUCUCUAAUCCAUUUCUUUUACGCGAAGAAGCGAAGAGUGCGCCAAUCUCGAAGAAUCUCGCCACAUUCAUCCAUUCUAUGGUAUUGGGUCAGCUCAUUAUAGCCGUCCUUGCUAUCACAAACUAUCAUAUUCAAAUUAUUACGAGGAUAUCGUCUGGAUAUCCUCUUUGGUAUUGGUGGCUAGCAAGCGUACUGUCUGACAACAAAACGGCAGGCGUUGGUAAAAACUUUGUGAUGCAUAUGGUCAUGUAUGCAGGUAUUCAGGGUGCACUAUUCGCAUCCUUCCUUCCUCCGGCUUAAAUGUAAACAUAUAGCCACAAUCCCAUGUAAAACUGUGGCUUAGGUCCAACACUAGAAGAGAGUCAAAGACACGCAAUCAUAGUCCUAAACAAUCAUGAACACACGAUGCCCCGUGAGUGUGGUCUGAACUGCCACUACUUUACCCGUUGCGAGGAGCGCUAUGGCCUACUAAAGAUUCCCAAUUAGGGUGAUGUGCAGAUAUAGCAGCUUACCCAGUAAACUUGGUAUAUUACAUGCUGUCAUGAAACAACAAAUCUUGGUCAACGAAGAACAGUCUCCGGGAAGGGUUUGACGUGCUUCAUAUCAUCAUAGUGUGUGGCAGGCUAUGCCAAUCAAGCAUGGAUACCUCGGCGACUAAUCAGAGACAGUCUCGGAGUAAUUGAGGUGAGGCUAUUUAGCGGUCGCAGUAUGAGACAUAUUAUACCGAUUUACCUGUCUAUAUAGACCCAGGCUAGCCCUGCAACCGGAAGCCUUCCGAC